AUAAAGAAUAAACUUUAGAGGUAAGUAGUUGUACUUGGGAUCACGGUACUCGGUAGUCGGUGUCGAUCUCGAAUUAUUGACUUGUUGUCCAAUAGUUUAAAUUUUCAGUCCAAAAAUUGAAUCUAUUCAUUUCAUAAAAAACCCUAAACAGAUCAAUUAGAAAAUUAUUAAAUUUUUGAAAAAUAUAAUAUCAGGUAUAUUUUGAGUGAAAACACAAUGAAGUGUUUUUAUGAAGUGUUAGAAGUGUCUCGCGAUGUCUCUGUUGAUGAUUUGAAAAAAUCUUAUAAGAAAUUAGCGUUGAGGUGGCAUCCUGACAAAAAUCCAGAUAGUGUUGAUGAAGCUAAAGAACAGUUUCAAUUAAUUCAGCAAGCAUAUGAGGUACUAGGCGACCCACGUGAACGCCAAUGGUAUGACAACCACAGGGAGUAUAUUAUUAAUAGUGGCGAUACACCUGUUAAUGAACUUAAUCUUUUUAAGUAUUUUUCACCUUCUUGUUACAAAGGCUUUGGUGAUGACGAUAAAGGAUUUUAUUCUGUGUACCGUGAGGUAUUCAAUACAUUAUUGGUCGAAGAAAGUGUUUAUUUUGAAGUAGAUCCUGAUUAUAUUCCAACAUUUGGUCGAUCAGACAGUGACUAUACUGAUAUUGUGCGACCAUUCUACAACUUUUGGUGUGGUUUCAAUACUUAUAAACCAUUUGGAUGGUUAGAUGAAUAUGACAUACGACAAGCCCCCAACAGACGUGUAGUCAAAUUAAUGGAAAAAGAAAAUAAGAAGAUUCGCGAUAAAGCUAAGAAAGAGCGCAAUGAUAAGAUACAAGCAUUGAUAGAGUUUGUACGUAAACGUGAUAAACGAUUAAAAGCAUAUGCUGAAACUCUUAAGUUGAAAUCAGCGGAAAACAGUAAGCGAAUGGAAGAAGCUAGACGAAAAAGAAUAAAAGAUAAACAAAAAGAAAUGGCCAAUUACAAAGAAUCCGAUUGGUCAAAGUUUUCUAAUGUAGAAGAGGAAUUAAAAGUAAUUGAAGAAAGCCUUAUUGCUGAAUACGGUAGUAGUGAUGAAUUUGAUUCAGAUGAUGAAAUGGCUAACUGCUUAUACUGUGUGGCUUGUAAUAAAGUAUUUAAAACAGAAAAAGCAUUUCAAAACCAUGAAAAAUCUAAAAAGCAUAAAGAAAAUAUCGACCUUAUUAAAGUCGAAAUGUUGAAUGACGAAAAACUGCUUAUUGGUGAAGAACCUGAUAAUAACAAUAGUUCUUCUGAUGAAAAUAGUCAAAGUCAUUCUGAUGAAGAAAGUGCUGUAGACGAAGCAGAAUACGAUAGUUCUAAUAGCAAUGAAGAGUCUUGCAAUAGUUUAAGUAGUGAAACUGAAGCAAAGGAAUUUAAUAAAAAUAAAAUAAAGAAUAUCAAUCUAUUAAAUGUUCAAAAUGAUAUUGAUACAGAUGAUGUAUUAGAAGCUGAUUUAAGUAGUGAAGAAGAAACAGCAAAUAUAAAAAGAAAACCAAGUAAAAAGAAAAAGAAACAUUCACAGACCCUUGAUGAAGUUAAUGUAUUAUACUGUUUGACAUGUGAUCAGUCUUUUAAAACCGAAAAAGCUUUACACAAUCAUCAGACAUCUAAAAAGCAUAAAGACAAUGUUGUACUGAUAAGUGCUAAAAAGACUAACGAUGAUGAUCAUAAUCCUAUACCUGAUGACACCGAUAAUUCAGUGCCAGAAGUGGAGACCGAAGUAUCAUUGAAGGAGAAUCAACCUCAAGAAGGACCAACAACAGAAAAGUCAACAAAAAACAAAAAAAAACAAAAAAUAGUUGAAACCCCCAAAAUCAAAAAGUCCAAUCAUGCGUGCGGUGUUUGUUCAUCAGUAUUUUCAUCAAAAAACAAACUACAUCAACAUUUAAAAGAUGCAAACCAUGCAGUUCUAAAAACAGAAGUUGUAAAUGAUCGCAAGUGUAAAAAAAAAGGAAAAUAAUUACUAUAGUAUCACAUUUUUUUUUUUUGUGUUUUGGUUGAUUAAUUAAAAACUUUUUAUAUGUUAGUAUAAUUGUUAUUACUUAUUUUUUUAAUUGUUGUUUCGUAUAACCUUUUUUCAAUGGCUAAUGGACAUAGGUUUUAUCUAGUAGGUAUCUAUUUACUUCUUAAUUUUAAAAAAGAAAAAAUUCUGUACAAAAACAUUUAAUUGUUUUAUAAAUAUAAUAAUAUCAGAAUUUUUAUUACUAGGUUUUUCAUUAAUUAUUACAAUUGGUAAAUAUGUAUUAUGUUUAUACAAUAUAGCAUACUAUUGUUUUAUAGAGGUUAAUGUAGAGGUAUUAUGUACUAUGUAGGUACUUAAUAUUAUAAUAUUUUGUACUGAUUUACUUAUAUCAACAGUGUUGUCAAUUUUUCCAUUCAAAAUGUUAUAAGUUUGUUUUUUAGUAUGUCAAUAUAUUAAAAUAUAAAGCUUACACGUUGUACAACAAUUACUUGUUUUACUGUCUAUAAUCUAUGUACAAACAUUAAUACUAUUACAACCCAUUGAACAUAAAUAUAUAAGUUGCAAAUUGUAUAUACAAAUAGUACUAAGUAAUGUGAAUAGGUGAUCUACAUAAUGAAUGAAAAUUUCCCGUUUUUUGUUUUAGUGUUUUACCGCUUCGAUUGAAUAAUGUGUAAAACUUUACAACAAAACUAUGAAUUAUCAGUUAGCAGAUUUAUAUUAAUACUCAUACUUAUAAAUAUGUUUAAGCAGGUUUAACCAUUUUAAUUUAGUGUAGUUUACUCCAAAAGUCCAAACUGCUUUUUAUUUAUUAAAUACAAUUUUUACAACA